AUGGACGAGAUAAACUGCAUUUUGAAAAGUGUGAAUGGUAUCGUCAUGCAGGGCGAGUAUGAAAGGGCGAUUCUGCAGCUGCCUACAGACACAAGAUAUCUCAAGAUCGCACUUGAUAAUAUUGAUGAUCUUUUUGGCUGCAGCAUGGAUGGAGGAAUAUGCUGGCUGCUUGGCUUGCUUAGAAAUCCAUUUAUGCUUGAAGUACGCCAAGAUGUAGUUGAAAAGAUUGCAAAUAUUCUAUUAAAAGCAGCGGAUGUCAUAAAGACGAGAAAAAUUGCGUUGAGAUGCCUUGCCAUGCUCGUUUAUAAAACAAGUGCAAGCCAUUAUGUAGAUGCAGAUGAUACUGAGUGUAGUAUACAUGGAAUCAAAAUAUCAAAAGAGACGUACUAUAUGUUUCUGAAGUAUCUUUCAGUGCUUGGAAUGAAGAUCGAGGUGAAUGGCAUUGGAAAAGAUGAUUCAGUCUGUGUUAAAAUGUCAAAGAUAAAGAUAAUGGCUGGGAAUCCAUGUGGUGAGGUUCUCAAAGCAUUUUUUGAGCUGCUGAAUGAAAGCGAUACUCGGCUGGGAUGGGUGCUGUGCAAGUCAUUUGUCAAGGUCUGUAUGCAUGCAGAUAUGCCUACGGUGAUUUCUGAGUUAAAGAAACGCUGCAAGGUGCUAUUUGCAAAUGAAAGCAGCUGGAUAAAUGCAAUGACGAUUCUUGGGAUGCUUGCACUACAUGGCGAAGAUGUUAGAGAUGUGCUGGAUAUUGUGGUUGAGGCUGGUGUGUAUAGUAAUCCGUUUGUUCAUAGUGCAGAGAUGGUACGCGAGGCAUCACUGUUUUUGGUUUGGGCGACUGCUAGAGGAGGAGGUUCGGUAUUUGAAAGGCCGCUUGCUUGCUUUUCAGCAGCACGUGCCCUGCUUGACGAGUCUUUGGCAUGCAGGAGAGCAGCAGCAUCUGUUGUUUUGGAGUAUGUGGGGAAAUUCCCUUCUUUGAUCGAUAAGGAAAUUUUAUCCUUGAUAAACUUCCAUUCUGUAAAGAGACUUUCGAACUGCUCUGAUUCAAUUGGAAAGGUAAUGCAGCUAUUAGGAAGUCAAGACAUAUUUGAAAGCUGUGUUUUAAGAAACAUAUUCCAUUCAAGUAUUGAGGUAAAGGAGCAGGCUGGAUAUUGCAUUUCAAAGUUUUUUGAUGCAACGAACGCAGUAUGCAGCAUCAUGAAAGCCAAUAUGGCAACUCCUUCUGACUAUAUAGGUGUGCUUGUUGUUGUGAGAGAGUUUUUCAGGCAAGGCAGGAGUGAUGAUGUAAAGGAUAUUGUGGAAUUGGUCUGCAAGCUGAGAGUAGAUAACAGCUUUUUAAAGUUUAAAGAGUUUGAAGCGUUUGCAAGUGUGUACAUAGAAGUAAUAGAGCAUUUUUACGGCAUAGUACAUGUUGAUGGCAGUGAAGAUACAGAACCUAUUUGCGAAAACAUAUACAUGUUUCUUAUGAAGAGUGUUUAUGUAAUUGGUGCAUCAAGGAUAGCUUGGCAGCUUAUGAAGUGCAAUAAAAGAUUUGCAGAUCGGAUAUUCAAGGCAAUCAAUAGAUGCAAUGAGGGAUUUAUAUUGGCAAAUGCAAGAAAUCAAAUACACAUUGAUAAAGUGGAAAAGCAAUACCAGGAGUUGUUGAGGCAUGAAUCGAUUGACAUAAAGGUGCAUGUAAUGAAGGCGAUAUGCUUUGGCGAGUCUUUUGAGAAGUAUAAGGAGUAUGUGCUUAAUGGCCUUGAGGAUUAUACCAUUGAUUUCAGAGGAGAUGUGGGUGCAAGCUUACGCAUGCAAAGCCUUAUGGUGUCAUUUAUGGCUCUGAAGAAUGAUAUACCAACAAGAUAUUUUGUAAGGUAUAUUGUGGGCAAAUCGAAAGCAUUGAGGGAUGGGUGUGUGAUGAUAUGCAAAGAAUGCAAAUUUUUUGGAUCUGGAUUUGAAUACAUCCGUCAAAAGCCACUGCAUGCUGACUGUGUUCAGAUGGCUGCUUAUGGCGCUUUGGCUGGAAUAAGACCAUUUCUUGAUGAAUUUUACAAGGUGUUUACAAAUCUUUCGAUUGAAUCGGACAAAGGGAAUGAUGCGAUACUAUACAUGUCCUCAAUAUCAGCAUCAUGCUGCCUAGAUGAAAUCCAUUACAGAGAGUUUGUGCAUGGAAUAAUUGAAGCGUUUGGAUCUGUAGAUGCAUCAAUGUGCAGAAUUAUUCUAGAGCAUGCAUUUGAAAUACGAGAGAGGCUUCUUCCAUAUAUAAAUGAAAUACUUAGAGAUAGCAUGCACGCUAAAGCUGAUAAAGCUGGCGGUUCAGAUAAUAUGGCACAAAAUGUACAGAAUGAUGUGUUCCGCAGAAUAAAAUGGGCCGCUGUUGAGAUGGCUAUUGACUUUAUUCAGCUUGAGAUAGCCUACGGCAAGUUUAUUUAUAUGAAGAAUUGCGAAAUGAUCUUAAAUCUGUCUUUAUUUGCAAUUAAUACUUUUACUCCAGUCGGUUUGAAGAGUGCAAUUAGUCAGAUUUUGGAGAUUCAUAAAAAUAUAUCGCAAUAA